UAGUGCUAGUGAUAGUCUACUACUUGAUUGUUAUCCGUGUUGUGAAAUCUCCCGUGGUACCCAGCAUCAGUAGAUCAUAAUGACCGACACGGGUUCCCGUACCGAAUCUCUACCGGCACCGGGUGACAACAUGGAUGACAGCCGCUUUCGAAUCCGGCCGUAUCAACAGGUCUUGUCGUCCUGCAGCGGAGCACUCGUUACUUCACUUUUUAUGACGCCCUUGGAUGUGGUAAAGACCCGGAUACAGACACAGCAGAAGCUGAUGCUUUCCAACAAAUGUUAUCUGUACUGUAACGGGUUGAUGGAUCAUCUUUGUCCUUGCGGUCCCAAUGGAACUAUGACAGCAUUUACCAAACCGAAGCUACAUUUCACUGGGACGGUGGAUGCGUUUGUCAAAAUCAGCCACCACGAGGGGGUGAAAUCGCUUUGGUCCGGACUAAGUCCGACGUUAGUGCUGGCCCUUCCUACUACUGUGAUCUAUUUUGUUGCGUACGAGCAGUUCAGGUUGAGGUUGAAGGAUUUCUACCUCCGGAAAAGGGACAAAUCGACAGAGCUACCACUUUGGUUUCCACUGAUAGCUGGAGGAUCGGCCCGUGUGUUGGCCGUUACCAUUGUGAACCCUCUGGAGCUGAUUCGGACCAAGAUGCAAUCGGAGAAACUCAGCUACACCGAGGUGGGGCAAGGCUUCCGCAGCAUGCUCAAAGUGCAUGGAAUCUUAGGAUUGUGGAAAGGAUUUUUCCCGACCAUACUGAGGGAUGUCCCGUUCAGUGGCAUCUACUGGACGACGUACGAAACGUUAAAAAAGCACAGUAACGUAACGCAGCCCACGUUCGGUUUCAGCUUUGUCAGCGGGGCUAUUUCCGGCGGCAUCGCAGCGUUCCUUACCGUUCCAUUUGAUGUGGUUAAAACUCAUCAGCAGAUUGAAUUCGGCGAAAAGUUCCUGUACGCAGAAAACGGCGAAAAAAGGAAGCCACAGAAAAGCUCCGGAAUGUUCGAAACGAUGCGUAACAUUUACGUCCGCAACGGAGUCAAAGGUCUGUUUUCCGGCUUAACGCCGCGACUGGUUAAGGUAGCCCCGGCUUGUGCCAUCAUGAUUGCCUCGUUCGAAUAUGGAAAGAAUUUCUUCUACAACUACAACGUGGCGCGGUACCAGACAAAACGGGAAAAGGAACAGAAUCUGGUGAUCAAGACCAGCAAGCAUCCGGGCGUUGGAUAUUGAAGAUCUAAAAUGGCU